GGGGGGGCCGCACGGACACUGUUCAGCUCUUUGCACGAUAUGAUCUGUACGCGAUGAGAAACUCCAUCGCAACAGAAACGUGAAUGAGUGUGUACAUUGUAUGCUGAACUUCUUUCACACCAUACGUAGCCAACUAUUCUGUAACCAGGACCGGAUGUUUGGAUACAAGUCCACUGCAUCUUAUUCAGGAGAUAUAUUUCGCUCCAGCAGGCGCAUAUUUGUAAACCCCAAUCGUACAGAAUCUGGAAUGCUGGCUAGGAGGGGUAAGUAUAUUGUAAUUUGCUGGUAGUGGUCAUCUGAUCAGAAUCCUCCAGAGCCAUGUGUACAUGAUGAUCAGUUUGAUUUGUUUAUAAUCAACUGCUUAUAUCCCCGCCUUUCAUUGCAGUUUAUUUUUCUGAAACCCAUUUUUUUGGUGUGCCAAAUUUAAACAUUUCCUGAAAAAUACUCAAAUUGGGAUCACACACGGCCACAUCGCCCCCUCGCCCGAAACCACCAGAGGCUGUGUCUGUGAAACACAGAAGCAGCUCCUUCGUGGCGACCGCCCUGUGCUAUACAAACGAUGGCACCCAUACCAAAUCUCGUGGAUGAGCGUCACUAUGAUGAAGAGGCUGCCGGUGAGGAGUGUGCUCAAAGCUCUGCUGCGCUUCAAUGGGACGUUCGCUUGUUACCCCACAACCUCGGCUCCGGCGAUGAGUGAGUGCGGUCGAGUUGUCUGCGUGAGCGACUUGGCAUUUUAGACACGUGUGACCGCAGCUGCCUUGCAGUUUUGCACGAGUUACAGCACCAAACGGGUGGCGAGCGGUGAAACCCAAAGAACCCUUAAUGGCGUUAAGGUUGUUAAAAUGCCCACGAGUGCGCGAGCAUAAUCGAUUGGCUUCGGCGAAAGGCAUUUGCCGAUGAUGCUCAGGGAUGGCUUUCCCUACACUCCCUUUAUGGCAAAGUUAUUUCCAUAAUUAUUUCCGAGUGCUGAGUCUCAGGCAUCGGGGUCACUUGCCAUGGUGUCCUGAACAAUCGACUUUGAUAGCAAUUUAUUAAUAGCACGUUAAGCAACACCAUUUGUUGGCACACUAAAAGAGAACUCCGUUGCUCUGCGUUGAUAUGAUCCCCCCCUGCCAUCGUAUCAACCCAGAGUCUUUGAUCUGCGACGUUGUGCGGAGGUUAGACGUCAAGUCUGCAAAAUAAACUUUUGCACCAACGCAGUGCGCCGAGAAAUUAGCCACACGAUUCCUUUAAUUGGCAAAAGGUUUGCAGAUUACAGGGGAAGUGCAGCACGUCGCUGCUGAAUUCGUCUGCGGUAAAGUCCUGAAUUACACGGUCAGGAUAUUAUCUUAGACCCAAAUGGUUGAAACAUCACAUCUGGUUCGAUGUUAAAUCGAUGUUUUAGAUUUUUUUACACCUGAUAUCCAAGUCUUUUCAGCUGAUCUGUGCUGAUGCAAAAUUCAUAAAAAAAUAAAAGCUACAAAAAAAAUUGAAAGCAAAAUUAAUAUCAAACAAAUUAAAGUCUGCUCCCACAACUCCGUGCUGGCCCCGCUCGCAUCUACGGAUGUCGUCCGCACCCCGCCAAGCAUCGUCAGUCAGCCGCGGAGAGUCGCGGGACUACGAGAGCAGUCGUGAGCCGCGGUACUACGAGAGCAGUCGUGAGCCACGGGACUACGGUAGCAGUCGUGAGCCACGGGACUAUGGGAGCAGUCGUGAGCCACGGGGCUAUGGGAGCAGUCGUGAGCCACGGGACUACGAGAGCAUUCGUGAGCCACGGCACUACGGGAGCAGUCGCGAGCCACGGGACUACGGUGGCAGUCGCGAGCCACGGGACUACGGUAGCAGUCACGAGCCACGGGACUAUGGGAGCAGUUGUGAGCCGCGGGACUACGGUAGCAGUCGCGAACCGCGGGACUACGGGAGCAGUCGUGAGCCGCGGGACUACGGUAGCAGUCGUGAGCCACGGGACUACGGGAGCAGUCACGAGCCGCGGGACUACGGGAGCAGUCGUGAGCCACGGGACUACGAGAGCAGUCGUGAGCUACGGGACUAUGGGAGCAGUCGUGAGCCACGGGACUAUGGGUUAAGUCGUGAGCCACGGGGCUAUGGGAGCAGUCGUGAGCCACGGGACUACGAGAGCAGUCGUGAGCCACGGGACUACGGUAGCAGUCACGAGCCACGGGACUAUGGGAGCAGUCACGAGCCACGGGACUACGGUAGCAGUCGUGAGCCACGGGACUACGGUAGCAGUCGUGAGCUGCGGGACUACGGUAGCAGUCGUGAGCUGCGGGACUAUGGGAGCAGUCGCGAGCCGCGGGCCAUCCACGACUUACAGGGAUUUUAUAUUCUUUGGGUCUUUCGGUAAAGUCGCGUAGAUAGGUUCAAAGAAAAUAACAAAAAACUAUGACGUUUCGAUCGCAA